AUUGCUAAAUUAUUAUUGUUGUUGUCAUAUAAAUCACUUUUCUAUAAUACACUUCAAAACAACACUAAAAUGAAAAUGGUUCAUAAUUAUUUGUCUUAUGCUUACAUGAUUUUCACCAUAUUCUUGAUUAUAUUCUCAAGCUUGCAAUGCCAAGCACAGCUUUCGCCGGAAUUCUACGACAAGACGUGUCCUAAUGCGUCCAAUUGUAUUCGGACUGCCAUUAGGGACGCAGUUUCCCGUGACCGGAGAAUAGCAGCAUCUUUGAUGCGCCUUCAUUUUCACGAUUGCUUUGUUCAGGGGUGUGAUGGUUCUAUUUUGUUGGAUGAUACCCCUUCAAUGAGUAGUGAGAAAUUUGCCCGCAAUAAUAACAAUUCACUCAGAGGAUAUGACGUCAUAAACAAUGCCAAGGCACAAGUCGAAAGCAUCUGUCCUGGAGUUGUCUCUUGCGCUGAUAUCCUUACACUAGCAGUUCGCGAUGCAUCUGUUGCCAUGGGUGGACCGUCGUGGACAGUGAAGCUUGGAAGAAGAGACUCGACCUCAGCAAACCGGAGCCUAGCAGAUGCGAUCCUUCCCGGUGCGAGCGCGAGUCUAGAAAGUCUCAUUUCUUUGUUCGGUAGUAAAGGUUUAAGCGCAAGAGAUAUGGUUGCUCUUUCAGGAUCACACACUAUAGGGCAAGCAAGAUGUGUGACUUUCAGUGGGAGGAUUUACAAUAAUGCAAGUACCGAUAUCGAUCCCGGAUUCGCAACCAUUCGAAGACGCCAAUGUCCGCCGCCCGGAAAUGUUGACGGGUCUGGAAAUCUUGUACCACUUGAUUUGGUAACUCCUAAUUCGUUUGAUAACAAUUACUUCAAAAAUCUGCUUCAGAAAAAGGGUCUUCUUCAAUCCGAUCAAGUACUUUUCAACGGCGGAUCCACCGAUAACAUUGUUAGCGAAUAUAGCCGGAAUCCUUCUAUUUUCAUUUCCGAUUUCGCUUCGGCUAUGGUAAAGAUGGCAGAUAUUGAGCCUUUAACAGGUUCUCAAGGACAGAUACGAAGGGUUUGCAAUCUUGUUAAUUAAUUGAUUAGCUAGUUGAUGGAUUUUGAGUCUUAAUGAAGUUGUUAAUAUAUAGGUUUCAUUAUUUUCUCAAAUAAUUGUAGGAUGUGCAUUAAGGGCAAGCUAGAUCUCAACUCUAGUUGCUUUUUUUUUUCUUUCAAUUUUCCAUGUCUGUGAAGUGAAAGAGAAAGAAAUUUUCUUUACAAAA